AUUUGAACAUGGCUGACGAAAGCGAUUACUAUUUCGGUGACGAUCUCGAAAGCUCCAAGAAAAUGAGAUGUCAAGGAUUCAAGAUUGGUGAACAUGUGCCCAGGUGUUACUCACACAACACGACUAAAGAAGAGUCAGUGCUCGAACAUGUGCUUGAGUACGAAAGACACUUCAAAAUCUGCUAUGAUACAUCUCGACUACUGCUGCUUGCACCCAAGAACGAGUGCGAAAUACGCAAGUUCAUCUGCACAACUUUGAGACCAACAAAGCUGCCUUACACUGAGCUGUAUGAGUGGAAAGACUGCGCUGAGUUCAUCUCGAACUUCUUGGAAUACGAAGAACUGAGUCCUCCUGACAAGCUACCUGAGUACAUUCCGUCUCCAUGCAACAUCAUUGAGUGGCAGGCCGGAGACUCGUUUGACUUCUCAAUUUUGCUGUGUUCGCUGCUGAUCGGGUCAGGCUACGAUGCGUACUGUGUGUACGGAGCUGCUCCGAAGUACAUCACAACCAAAGAUGAGAGCCUCAUGGACUGCCCAUUCGAUCUAGGAAUGAACGAAGCUGCAGACGAAGAAGACAAAGAAGAACGCAAAAUCGAGCGUCCCAACAAACUCAAAGAAGCCGAGCCGUUGAUUUCGAAGUUCGACAGAGCCACUGAACAAGAUGAAGAGAGCAAACUCAGAGAACAGUGGAUCAAAGAAAACACCAUUGAUGAUGAUGCUCCUGAUCUCGAAAAGUAUGACGAACUUGAGAACAAUAAAAAGCGGCUGCACUGCUGGGUGAUGAUCAGACAGGGUCUGAGACAGUUCCCACAGACCAAGUUCAUCGAGCCGACGACUGGUCGUGAGUAUAGCCAGGCCAACGCUCCGUACCAAACAGUUGAAGGGGUCUUCAACCACCAGAACUUCUGGAUCAACUUGACUCCGCAGAAGAAAAUCAAAGACCUCAAUUUGCAGUGUGAUGAUGACGAGUGGGAGUAUGUGAUGUUACAGGCCAAGAAAGACGACGCUAACAUUGCCCAGAUGUACGCUGAUGACAAGGACGAUGAUGGCGACAAAGACAUCAUGGAAGAUGUGUUGGACAUGCCUCCUCCAUGGUCACCGAAGCUUUACCUUGACAAAGACAAGUUCUUAAACUUGUGUCCUCUAGGUGAGAAAACGGUCUUUUACAAGAAAUGCAGAGUGGACACUUAUGCACCCUGCACUCAGGUUGACGGACUUGUCAAGAAAGUGUGCAUCUAUGACGACUAUAAGCGACUCAUCCUGCUGGAGUCAAGAUCUUACUACGAAAACCGAAGAGACAAGCUGCGUCUGAGACGACAGUUUCCAUACGAGUUCAAGCUAGUCGAGUACUACGACUCAUCCGAAGCCACCAACUACUGGAAGAAAAUGGUUUAUGUAGACGGCCACCAGCGACAGCUUUACUUCUAUCACCACCGUAACAACGACAAGAAUAAAGACGGACUGAUUUACCGUGAAGAAAACAUUGGAUCCAAGACCAUCGAAAAGUACAAAGACAGAGAAGACCAUCUUGAGUACCGCUCAGUGACAUUUGAGCCCAUUUCGAACGAGAAGAAGGACUCUUCGAUCCUUCAGGUCAACGACAUCCACCACAAAUGUGGCAAGAUCAAGAGCAUGGUUCAGAAGUUUGGCCUCGACCCUGACUUGCCAGCCGAAGACCAGAUUCGUGAGACUGAGUUCAAUAUCGAGAGUGAAGUCGUCCAGAUUUACAAGCAUUACCGUGAAGGCAAAAUCACUGCCGGCGAAAAACCCUAUGAUCGUAAGAAGCUCAUUGGGAACAGCGGUGGAGUCGAAGACCUUAACAACAAGGAAACCGAAGACAACGCUUACAAGCAAGAACUCAAGAAGAUCCACGAAAUGGAAAUGGACUGUCAUCGACAGAUCAACAUUCAGGAAGAAAGCGCUCUUGCAGAAAUGGAAGCCAGACUGACCAAAGAAAAAGAAAUCAAAAGCAGCAAGAGCGGAGCCGACCCCGAAGUAAUCUUCAAAGACAUCCUCGAGAAGAGCUACUAUGACAAAGCCAGAGACAAGAUGAAGCAGGGUCGCAAGAAAGAAGAAGAAAACACUGGAGAAGAUGAGAAGAAAGACUUCCUUUACCCUGUCCUUGAGAAGCUCAUGUACACAGAAGUCGGCGAACUCACUCAUGAACAGGCCAUGGAAGUCAAGAAUGAAGCUUUGAAGAGACUCAAAGAGAGGCUUCUCACCAGAGCUGAGAUUAUCCAGAGAAGACUCGAAGACGAAACCAACAAGCUGCAGAAGGCAUUCCAGGAACUCAAGAAGAAAGGUGACAGCACCACUGAUGAAGAUGAACUUGCUUAUGAGAAGAAGGUCACUGAAGCCAACUUCAAGAUCGAGAUCUUGACUGAGAGGGCUUCUCACCACUACCAGAACUCGCUGACCAAGUUCAACGAGCUGGACACCAAACUGCUGAACGACUCUCGCUUGAAGGCGUUGAGGACAGGAAAUGAUUAAUUGAUACAUAUCCCGGAGGAAGUAUUGUAUACACCAUAUU